GCUGUGAGCUCUGCUCCGCCAUCCGCUCGUCGUCCACACCACACAGCCUCACUCUGUCACUCACUGUCAACCCCACAGCCAGCCACACCUCAAACUCCCUCCCUCCCAAGAAUGCCAGAUUAUCCACUGCGGCCUCCUCUUGCUCCUCCUCCCUUCUCACCAUGAUUCCCACCCAUCUCCAUCCCUCCCCAACCCCCAAGCCCCGCUGCCCGCCCCCCCUCCACUCCUACUCCCACCACCACCUCGCCGUGCACCUCCCGCUCCCGCUCCCGCUCCCCCUCCCCCGACGCCACCGCCACCUCGCCAGGCCCGCUGCGGCCGCGCCGGACCUCCUCGCCAGCGUCGAGUCCGUGGCGUCCGCGGCCUCCGUCCUCGCCGCCAUCGUGCUGGUCCACGAGUCGGGCCACUUCCUCGCCGCGGCGUCGCGCGGCAUCCACGUCUCCCAGUUCUCCAUCGGCUUCGGCCCGGCGCUCGCCCGCUUCCGCCUCGGCCCCGUCGAGUACGCGCUCCGCGCCAUCCCGCUCGGCGGCUACGUCGGCUUCCCCGACGACGACCCGGAGUCCGGCUUCGCGCCCGACGACCCCGACCUCCUCCGCAAUCGCCCCGUCCCCGACCGCCUCCUCGUCGUCUCCGCCGGCGUCGCCGCCAACCUCGCCUUCGCCUUCCUCAUCGUCUACGCGCAGGCGCUCACCGUCGGCGUCCCCGUCCAGGCGCAGCUCCCCGGGGUUCUCGUGCCCGAGGUCCUCCCGGGCUCCGCCGCCGCCCGCGCGGGCCUCCUCCCCGGGGACAUCAUCCUCGCCGUCCCCGGCGCCGCGCCGGACCCGUCCGUGCCCGUCCUCGUCGACCUCAUCAAGGCCAGCCCCAGCAAGAAGGUGCCCAUCACCGUCUCAAGAACCGCGCCCGGGGCGGCCGACAGGCAGUCCGUCGAGCUCACCGUCGUGCCGGACACAAGCGCCGAUGGCACGGGGCGCAUCGGCGUGCAGCUCUCGCCCAACUUCCUGGUCACGCGCGUGCGGCCCCAGAACCUGGCCGACGCUACCGUCCUCGCCGUGCGCGAGUUCACGCUCCUGACGGGGACGGUGUUCGACGGGCUCAGGCAGACAUUGCUCAACUUCUCGCAGUCGGCGGAGAAGGUGUCCGGCCCUGUGGCCAUCAUCGCAGUUGGGGCAGAGGUGGCCAGGUCAAGCGCCGACGGCCUUUUUCAGUUUGCAGCAGUGAUUAAUCUCAACCUUGCGGCAAUAAACUUGUUGCCGUUGCCAGCAUUGGACGGUGGGACCUUGGCGUUGAUCCUUCUUGAGGCGGCCCGCGGUGGUCGCAAGAUUCCCCGUGAAGUUGAGCAGGGGAUCAUGUCUUCAGGAAUAUUGGUGGUGCUGAUGAUUGGCAUCUUCCUCAUUGUGCGUGACACUCUCAAUCUUGACUUCAUCAAGGAGAUUUUGUGAUACUUGUGAUGAAAACCCAAUUGAUCACAGUUGUAGUGAAAUCGCGAGUGUUAAAUUUUGGUUGGCAUGGAAAAGGUUAGUGGUUGUUAUUCUUUUACCCUUGGAUGCGAUGGAUUUAGCACUCUAGCUUGCUAUACUGAUCAUAGGUCAUUGUAUUCCUGCUUAUCUGAAUGAAGCUUGUGAAGUUACAGUUAAUCACAGUUCAAGGUAAAAAAGGAAUGCUUUAUUGCUCAUAUGUAAAUUCGUGCUUGCAAGGCUCAAAUAAGUUUUAUUA